AUGACUACUCAUAAAGAAGACUUGGUCGAUUCUGAUGUCAGUUCAACGCGGGUAGUGGAUUUAGCGACGAAAUCGAAAUCAAAUGACAGUAUUGAUGUAUUAGCACAAUCGUCAAGUAAUUACUAUCCUUUGCCAAAAACAGUCACUCUGAAAUAUGAUCAUUUACUCUCAUAUUAUAAUCGAACAAACUGGAUGAGUAAAUUUCCAAAAAUAAUCGGUUCGAAACGAUCACAACAUCCACUAAAUAUCAAUGAAAUAGAUAUUAACAACAGUAGUCAUUCAUCUUGCGAAAAUUUACAGAUAUCGAUUCAUAAACAUGCAGCUAAGAUGGCUAGUGACACUUAUUUUUACAAUUUGCCAAGGACUGAAAACAAAAUGUUCAUUAAAGCACGCGCCUGUGUUUUCGUGGAAAAUCACGAUUUCAACGAAAAUAUUCUGUUCAGGCUCGACGAUAAGCGAUCAGCUGAUACACCGAUAGCAAGUAGAGAAUCGGCAACAGAUGCAGUAUUAGUUUCAUCGAAGCCGAUUAAAGAAUCUUUGAAACUAACGGAAACAACUGAAAAACCAACAAGUUCAUGCUGUAUGGUAGCAUUCGAAUUCGAAAAUGGAGAGGCUCAUGUAUUCGAAUCUGCUAGACUUUCACGUUCAUUGCAUCGAGCAGCACGGGUAGAUAUAUAUAAUCAAAUAUAUAAUCGGUUAGCUGUAUCAAACUCGAUUGAUUUUGACUUGUCUGCUCUUAUACGAACUGUUGUACAAAAUUAUGCAUAA